AUGCCUCAUCUAUUCCCGGACCGGAAAACCAUCUGGGCGGCUCGGCGUAACGCAUGCCGAGCGCUUUAUAGUACACGGAAUGGUGUCGAGAAUCUUCCCAGAAUAUGUAAUAGGAACGCACAACUCGCUGCAGCUUGAGAAAGACUUUGGUCUAUACAAUCAUGCGUUGGUUUACACUUUUAGGGGCCGUUGUGGCGUUGGCAACACUACCUUUGAAUGCUCUUGCUGCAACCUGUUGGCGGGACACGGAAUGCAGCGGACCUAGUGAAGCCGCUUUUCAAGGACCCUGGAACUCUAACAUCUACGCUCCAUCAUCGCGAAUAGUCCGUCCAAGAUCAGUUUUUACCAUCCGAGACCGACAUCCGGCAAGCUACCCACGUCUCGUCGUCCUCCGCGGCAACGGGACAAAUGUCAUUUUCGAUUUCGGUAUUGAAGUCGGUGGCAUCGCUUCUAUCUCGUACACCAGUAACGGGACCGGUGCUAUCGGCCUCGCGUUUUCCGAAGCGUCGACAUGGGUAGGGGAAUGGUCUGAUGCAUCGAACGGGAAGUUCGCUGGUCGUGAUGGGGCGUUAUACGCCAACAUCAGCACUGCCGGCCCAGGGACGUACACGAUGCCAGAUGAUGUGAUGCGAGGAGGUUUUCGGUAUAUGACGGCUUUCCUUCUCACGGAAAGCGGUACUUACGUCAACGUCACGGACGUGCAGCUUGAGAUAAGCUUUCAGCCUACGUGGUCCAACCUCGAGGCUUAUCAAGGGUAUUUCGAUUCCAACGACGAACUGCUGAACAGGAUCUGGUAUGCAGGCGCGUAUACUCUUCAGACUAACGCUGUACCCACCAACACGGGACGUUGGGUUCCCAUGCUGGCGAAUGGGUGGGCCAAUAACGGCACUCUGGGCCCAGGCGAUACCAUCAUUGUUGACGGGGCGAAACGAGACCGUGCUGUAUGGCCAGGGGACAUGGGCAUCGCUGUACCCUCGACCUUCGUUAGCACAGGGGAUCUCGACAGCGUCAGAAACGCACUGCAAGUCAUGUUCGACUAUCAAAAUCCAGAUGGUUCGUUCCCUGAAGCCGGACCACCGCUCUUGCAGCAAAAUAGCGAUACAUAUCAUAUGUGGACAAUGAUCGGUACCUAUAAUUACAUGCUAUACACGAAUGACGCAGCCUUUGUGCAGAGGAACUGGGCCAAGUAUCAAAAAGCUAUGGACUACGUAUAUGCCAAAGUCGAAGUCGAGGCAUCAGGUCUUCUUAAUCAGACCGGCACCAGGGACUGGGCGCGGUGGCAAACUGGAUUCAACAAUACGGAAGCAAACGUCAUUCUAUACCACACUCUGCAAACUGGAGCUAAGCUCGCUACAUGGCUCAAUAACACCAGUCAGAAUCAUCUAGCGGAAAUAUGGACGUCCCGCGCCACCGCACUCCAAACAGCCAUUCUCACCCACUGUUUCGACUCCAGCUAUGGCGCCUUCCGCGACAACGCCACCCUGACCACCCUCCACCCCCAAGACGCAAACAGCAUGGCCAUCCUCUUCGAUCUUGUUCCGCCCUCCUCCAAAACUGCUCAAGGCAUCUCCACAGCGCUCACAAAGAACUGGACGCCUAUCGGCGCCGAAGCCCCCGAACUCCCUGGCAACAUAUCCCCCUUCAUUUCCAGCUUCGAGAUCCAAGCCCACUUCACCAUCACCAACCAAACAGGUACAACCCGGGCCCUCGAACUUAUUCGCAGAAGCUGGGGCUGGUAUGCUAAUCACCGCAACGGUACUGGCUCAACCGUCAUAGAAGGGUACAGAACGAAUGGGACGUUCGGAUAUAGACAGGAGAGGGGGUAUGGGUAUGAUCCCAGUUAUGUGAGUCAUGCUCAUGGGUGGAGUUCAGGGCCUACGUCGGCGCUUACGGAAUUUGUGGUGGGCUUGAGGGUGGUGGAACCAGCGGGGAGGAAGUGGAUUGUUGAGCCUAGAUUUGGAGACUUGAUGAGGGCGCAGGCGGGCUUCGUGACAGGCCUGGGGAAGUUUAGGACGGGCUGGGAGAAGGAGGAGGGUGGAGUUGGGUACGGAGUGGUGGUUGAGACGCCGGUGGGGACAAAGGGCGUAGUAAGGCUUCCGGUAGAUGGGACAGGUGGGGAUGUGACGGUUGUAGUUGAUGGGAGAGUGCUUGGCAAGGAGCAGUAUCGGGAAGAAGAUGGACGUGUGGUGUUUGAUCUUGAAGGAGGGGUCUACAACAUACGGGUUGGCACGUAGGGCUGGGCGUAGCAGGGCUAGGUGAU